ACAGUGCUUUCAAAAAUGUGCAAAAGUUAAAUUAAAUAGUGCAAAUAGUUAAUUUUAAAGCAAUUGCAGCUAAAAAAAUAUAAAAUGAAUUUGCGCCAACUGCAGCAGUGCACAAAAAGUAUUCUGCUUUGUUUAAAUAACAAUAAAGCAAUACAAAUUAGGCAUAUAAGCAGCGCAAAUUGCUUGCGUCGUUCCUUAGAGCCGGUGCUGGAACGAAAUAAAACCGCAACGAAAGUUGACUCGACGCACUUUGAAUUCCAUGGACAAUGGCCAGCGGAGGAACAACAGCGUUUUAUCAAAGAUCUGCGCUUGCAUACAGAUUUCAUAAGCGCUGAAGAGGAAACACAAUUGCUGUCAGAAAUCGAGCCUUAUAUGAAACGAUUGCAUUAUGAGUAUGAUCACUGGGAUGAUGCUAUACAUGGCUUUCGUGAAACGGAGCGCAAGCAAUGGUAUCCACACAAUCGCGCGGUGCUCGAACGUGUGCGACACACAGCCUUCGAUGGUGAGAUUAUGCCCUAUGUGCAUAUACUGGAUUUGGCGGAGGAGGGUGUCAUCAAGCCACAUGUGGAUAGCACAAGGUACUGCGGCAACACCAUAGCCGGCAUCAGUUUAUUGAGCGACAGCGUAAUGCGUUUGGUGCGCGUUGAUGAGCGUAAAUACCAACAAGGUAAGGCUGUGGAGGCGCCCGCGGAGGUUGACAACAGUGACAGUACCGCGGCACAAAAUCCAACAGAGCCUGACGAUGCCUAUCGCAAUCGUCCAAAAACCACAUUGGAAAAUAAUUUCUAUGUUGACGUGCUGCUGCGUCGUCGCUCUUUGUACAUAAUGAGUCACACUUCACGCUAUAACUUUACGCAUGAAAUACUGGGCAACGAUAUGUCACACUUUCAAGGCCAGCAUAUUAAAAAGGAUCGUCGCAUAUCGAUUAUUUGCCGCAAUGAUCCGUGAAAGUCAGCGUACAUCAACUUUGAUUUGUUGAACGUGGAGAACUGACAAGGAAUUUUUUUUGACGUUUAUUAUUGUUUUUUAAAUUAGUUACUUAGUAUAGUGUAAAUAAAUUAUAUUUAUAAAUAAAGAAAUUACUGAGUAAAUUUCUGAAAGUU